AUGGCUUCAUCUGUCACUUCUCUUCCACGAACUCGGUUUUCAUUGCAAACAAAUGUUGGCUUUGAAGAGACCUCAAAUGAGUUUAUGUCGUCAGGGCGGAAACAUUCAAUCGACCAUGACGUGAAAUUGCCCCUGAAAAUUACCAAAGCUUCAUCUCUCGUUUCCUCUUCACAUCAACCUAGACAUAAUCCCUCCUGCCGCCCUAUACUUCUUCUUGCUCAUGGAAAUUCUACAAGCAUACCUACAUAUCCUUCUAUUCCGGGUAAUGCAUUUAGUGAGUCUGGGACUAAAUCUCAGGCUAUUCUAUCGACUCACCUAAACACGUCGGAAAAUCCCGUAACUAGUACCACAUCGGCCAGAGAUAUUCCCAAGCGCACAUAUUUAUCCCCUCAAUAUGACCUUCCUGGUCACGAAUCAGAGCACAAAAAGCUGGCCAUUUCUGCUAUUUCGCAAUCAAAGUCACCAUCGAAUUAUAUAAAUUUUAAUCCCAAAAAUCUGGUUGAUGAAUUAAACUUUGAUUCCGACUUAAGUAAUGUUAAUCGAACUGUUGUUGCUAAUUCGAGCCCUCCUCAACGAUCUGAGGCCAACUUGCUUUCUGCUAUUUCAUUUUCCGCUCGAUCUUCAUUUUUGUCUAGUUGCGAUAAAACGGCUUGUCUCCCGGAUUCUACAAGCUCAAGCCAUACUUAA